UGUGAGGAGCUAAGCUUCGUGUGUGGAGGACUGCCUACCCACUUAUUCUCUUCAGUUUCUCUCUCUAAAAAUCUAUUUCUUUCUCUCUCUAAAAAUAAAUUAUCUCAUUAUUUUGUGUUUGUUCUCUAUCAAAUGAUCAUACGAGGAAGAUGAUGACAACCAAAACACAUAAUUAUGAAUGUUGCAUGUGUGGUGACCAUGGCCUUUCUUAUGAGCUCUUUCGUUGCAAAGUUUGUCAUUUCAGAUCUCAACAUAGGUAUUGUAGCAAUCUAUACCCAAAAGCGGAGUCAUAUAGAGUAUGCAAUUGGUGCCUAAUUCAAAAGAAUAAUAAUGAUCAUCAACAAGACACUCUCACUCCCACCACAACAACUACUACAUCAAACUCUCCUUCUUCACAAGAUCACCACCACCAAUUAGCCAAGACUCCCAAUAAGAGGUUCAUCAACAACCAUGUUGGUGGGCCGAGGACCGGUAACGGGGCGAAAAGCUUACAACCCACAAGCCCAAUUAAGAAGCCGGCCGGGGGCGACACUCGAUCGCCUUCGGCCCGUAAAAGGAUCAUCAACGGAAGAGGAGGCUCGGGGCAAAAUGAUAAUGAAAAGAUAAGGAGGACUAAGUCUGAAGAAUUAUCCAACAAUACCAAUAAUUCAAGUAGUAGUAGUAGAAGUAGUGGUGGUAACGGUAAUGGUGGUGGUGGUGGUGGUCCAGCUGUUAUCAAACAUGUUUUUAGAAAUAAGGUGAGAAGGUAUAAGCUUUUGGAAGAGGUCUCUAGUUGACAUUAAUAACAUCUCUAUCAAUUAUCAUAGUAUUAUAAAUCAUAAUAUUAAUUUUAAUA